UUAUAGGUCAUUUUUUUUUCGGCAUUUAUUUUUUAAAAAAUUUUGAAGGCGAAAAAGAAGAAAAAAGAAAAAAAGUGGAAGGAGGCGUUUAAUGGCGGCACAUGGCGACGACAACGAUGGCGCCUUGUUCGAAGGGAGCCGACGCAUGUCUACGCUAUAAGCCCCCUUUCACGUGUUCCACCACCCUCUCGCCCUUUGCACCACCCCACCCCCCUCCUCUUCUCCUCUCCCUUAUCGCCUCAGAUUUUGAGCCCUAGAGUGCGUCGUUAAAGAGCGGGGGAGGAAACUCGGUGGGAGCUUCGGUGUAAGGAUUCGCUUCUCGUGGGGAAGGGGGGAGAUGGAAGGGGGUAAAGAUGGUGAUUCUUCGUCAUCGUCGUCAUCGGCGGUUGGUGGCGGGGUCGUCGAUCGCAAGGAGGCGGCGGCGAUGGGUUCUACUACUACUACUUCCUCAAAGUCGUCUUCUUCGUCCUCCGGGUACUUCACCAGUGUCUUCUCCCCGUCAUCAAUGGUCGGGGGAAGCGAUACUACGCAUUCGGACUUGUACUGGACGAAGAACAGCAUGAAAACUGACGGUCAAACUGAGAAUGCAGAGAACAUUAUCAAAGAUGGCAAACCUCAGGAGAACCCAAGCAAAAACCCGACCCCACAGAACAAAGAUGGGAAACCAAUCUAUCCGACUGAGCCAAUCGAGUCACCAUAUUUUGGCUCAUCAGUGCAUUAUGGUGGCAGGGAUUUUUUUGCCUGCUCUGCACCUAGUAGCACUUCUGUAACCGCGAAAACUCGUAAAAACAAUGAAGAUGAUGGUUCCGACAACUCAAACUUUGCUACAAGAGGUGAUUGGUGGCAAGGUUCGCUUUACUACUGAAGAAGAUAAGAAAGUCUUAUCUAAUUGAAAGAAGAAGGUAACUAUUGACAACUGCAUGCAGGAGGUGCUUUGGUAAAGCUGCUUUGCUCUCCGGUCAUCCAACCUGCAGCAAUAGUUUAUUCUUCUUUCAUGUUUUAGAUAUCAACCUAGAGGAACCAUCUACCAUAUAUUCUUUCUGUUCUGUUUUAGGAUAAUGACUUAACAUGAACUGUCUCUACUGUAUGAAAGCUGUAGACUGCUCUUAGAUUGUCUCAAGGUAGUAGGUUGUGUUUGGUCUUUGCCUCCAAAUUAUUGAAGCGAGGCUGUAAGACCCUUUUAUUGUUUGGUAUGUUACUUUCAUUCCAGCAGACAAUUGUGUUGCAACUGAGUAUUGGAAAAUAAAUGUAGAUAUUUGUUUUGGACUUUGAUGAUUA